UGAACAUUUAAAUUUGUAUGAACUCUGUUUCUUUGCAAACCGUGCAAUUGUUGCUUCAACUCAUGUUAAUGCGUCGUGUGUAUCUCUGAAAGUUUAUACAGAAACCACACAUAAGUGCACUGAAAUAAACUUCAGGUCAAAAAGACGCACGUUCAAUUUGGUCCGAGAGUCGCGAGUGAGCGUUUGCAUCGAGGUAACGCAAGAAGCAGCGAUUGUUUGGCGGACUGAAGAGUCUCAUUGGAUUACAGGCGCGCCUAUUUGUGUGUAUAUUGGCCAACUCCGUGCACUUUCUCGCGGGUGAAUUUAAGGGCCCACUCAGCACUGGCACUUACAGAGAUGAGGGCCAUCUACUGGACAUUGCUACUUCUACCGCUGCUCUGUGGGGUUCAGUCCACAUCUUCACGCUUCAUGAGCGCAGUUGCCGGAAACGCCAACGUUGCCUUGAGACCGGCACCUCACGCUCCACGUGAUCCUAAAUCUGCUGACAUGGCAGCUUCCAUCUCCACAUAUCACCUUGAAGAGCUAAGAAGUUCAGAUGCACACGGGAUAAGUGCCCUCGACAAGGAAAUUGUGACGAGUUUGCCAAAGCUGGGCAAGUUUAUUUCGACGGGUCUCCAGAGGCUAGCGAGCACGACGCAAGUUUCUACAGCAGUUGCUGUCACAGGAAAUUUAAAUAUUUUUCCUAUCCGAUCGCAGCGCCCGCAGUCAUGGCGCAAAGCAAAGAGAUUCAAGCGAGAUAAAAGUAAGGGCAAAAAAUUUUACAGAGUCCAUGGAUUAUUUGUUGAUUUUGACAUGAAGCAGAAUGGAGAAGAUCAUCACAAAGCUCCUACGCCAAAGGCCUUACCCGUAGCUGAAGCAGCCAUUACCAACGUCGAAGUCUCCGUAAAAACAACAACUCCUUCAAUAGAGUCUUUGAUGCCGUCAAAAAUAAUCCCUUCUCUCCCUCCUCAUCUGCGUGGCAUGACCACGACCACACCGCUGCCCGCCGUAUUUUUCAACAAUAGUUUCAUCAGCAACGUGACUGCACAGCUCGGACAGUCCGUAUUUUUGCCUUGCAGGACCAAACAUUCCAGCGACAGAAAGUUUAUUCCUCAAGUCUCGUGGGUCCGGCGAAGAGACUGGCACAUUCUGACGUCAGGAACAGUUACGUACACUAAAGAGCAGCGCUACGACGUUCAUCACCCUGAGGGAAGCACUGAGUGGACGCUGGUCAUCAAAUACGUGAAGCUGCAAGAUGCUGGAACAUACGAAUGCCAGCUCAUGAGCGGAGGUGGUCUGGUAUCACACCUGGUGCACCUGACGGUGGUGGAACCUAAGGCCGUGAUACCAGGCAACGGGGAGUACCAUGUCGACUCUGGCACUACCAUCUCACUUACUUGUUACGUAGAGCAGAGUCGCGUAGCGCCGCUGUACAUUUUCUGGUACCACAACUCGCGCAUGAUCAACUACGACCAGGAGCGCGGUGGCGUGGUCGUUCACAUGGAAACGGAGCCUCGCGUCAUGUCGCGUCUCACCAUCGCCGACGCCCGACCCUCCGACUCAGGCAACUACACAUGCGACGCAGACAAUACGCUGGCUGAUAGUAUCUCCGCAUAUAUCACUGCAGGCAACAAAAUCGCUGCGUUACAUCCUCGCGACGUCGAUGUCGCGGCUCCGCUGUACAUCUGUCGCUUCCUCGUGCUGGUCUUGGCAGCCCUGCCGCUGAUGCUCCGACACUUCCUGGAAUUUUGUUUCGGGUUCCAGCAUUUGAAAUUCAAAGGCAAAAUCCUGGAUCGGUGCAGCUAUUGUCAGGGUACAGAUUUUACCGCAGAAAGAACAUCUAUUUGCGGGUCAGUAUGUGAUCGCCGCCUCGGAGAUAAUAAUCCAACUCACGUUGAGGGCACCGCGACUUCAACGUGACAUUAAACGCAGUGCUAUCCUUCAUGGAGAUAUCGGCUUUACCAUUAACAUUGAGUUUGGGGCUCCGGGUAAACCUGGUGCUGAGUACUUCAGUGAAAAUACCAGCCAAUUCAAUAUUAUCAUUGGUGGGUUAGACGAGAGAGGAAUUCAAAGUGUUGGAACUUCUUAAUAAUAUAAUUAACCGAACAAUCAAUAAUCAUAUUGAAGGACUGAAUAAAUUUAUUCUUAAAAUCUUUAUU